GUGUCAGAAAAGAGCAUUACAUCAACUAUGAUCACAUGACCCCCCCUUGUCACCUGACUCAUCAUCCACAGAAUCCACACUGCUACUCGGAAGUUAACCUUUAUUGGAUGUUUACAAUGUAAUACUUUAAUUCUAUACAGAUUGUCCAUGUUUAAAAUAUACUAAAUGUGCACUUUGGUUAGAUUAAGCGGGUCGGUAAGUCCUUUUAGUGAAUGCGCUGCUAGCUAGGCGGCUGGCUAGCUAGGAAGCUAGCUGCUCGUUCAUGUCGUUUUAGCCUUUUUGCUUUUGGGAUAAAGGGACGCCAGUUCGAUUUUAAGUAUGGCUUCAAUCCUGGACGAGUACGAGGAUUCACAAAACACCAGGCAAAGUGCGCAGCAGCACAGCCGCCUCUCGUCUGCUAACAUCGGUAUAACACACUCAGGCUUUGUCAAUGUAAGACUAGAGGAGGAAAAGCCUAUUUUCAACAAGCAGAGGAUCGAUUUUACUCCACCCGAGAAGAUAAAUCACCUGGCAGUCUGCAACAAUCAGCUAUGCAUGAGCCUGGGAAAAGAUACCCUGCUGAGGAUUGAUUUGGCUAAACCAGAUCAACCCAAUCAGAUUGAACUGGGAAGGAAAGAUGACAGCAAAGUACACAAGCUGUUCCUGGAUCCCACAGGCUCCCACUUGCUGAUCAGCAUGAGCACCAGUGAGUGUCUGUACCUGAACAGAAACACACAAAAAGUGCGCAGUUUGUCUCGCUGGCGGGGCCACCUGGUGGAGAGCGUGGGCUGGAACAAGCUGCUGGGCAACGAGACCAAUACGGGGCCCAUCCUGGUUGGCACCCGCCAAGGCAUCAUCUUUGAGGCUGAGAUCUCUGCGGCCGAGGGGAGUCUCUUCAACACCAACCCUGACCAGUACCUCAGACAGGUCCACUCCUUGGAGGAAGACGGAAGGCCAGGGCCGGUCUGCUGCUUGGAAGUGGAGCGUGGUUUGGAAAACAAGUACUUUAUCAUCGCCACCACCCGCAAGCGCUUGUUCCAGUUUGUAGGCAAGGUGGCCGAGGGCUCGGAGCAGCAUGGCUUCAGCUCCAUCUUCACGCAGAACCAGGACAUGUUGCCUAGUUUCCAAGAAUUCCCGAUCAACAUGGGCUACAGCGAGAUCACCUUCUACACCUCCAAGCUUCGCACCUCCCCCAAAGCCUUUGCCUGGAUGAUGGGUAACGGAGUUCUCUACGGGCAGCUGGACUAUGUCAGGCCGGACUCCUUAUUGAGCGACGUACAGGUGUGGGAGUACACCGCAGACAUCGACCUGAGUGUCAACAAGCCCAUCUCCAUCGUCCUGACCCAGUUCCACUUCUUGCUCCUGCUACACGACCGAGUUAAGGCCGUCUGCACGUUGAACGGGGAGGUGGUCCACGAGGACGUUUUCCCGGACAAGUUUGGCACCCUCAAGAGGAUGAUCAAGGAUCCGGUGGGCGGUCUGGUGUGGCUCUACACCGAGCGCGCCGUCUUCCGGUACCACAUCCAGCGCGAGUCCAGGGACGUGUGGCAGAUGUACAUGAGCAUGAAUAAAUUUGACCUGGCCAAAGAGUACUGCCGUGAGCGACCUGAGUGCAUGGACAUGGUGUUGGCUAAGGAGGCCGAGCACUGCUUCCAGAACAAGCGCUAUCUCGAGAGCGCCAAGUGUUACGCCCUGACGCAGAACUACUUUGAGGAGAUUGCGCUCAAGUUCAUCGAGGCUAAGCAAGAGGAUGCCUUGAAGGAGUUCCUGCUGAAAAAACUCAACAAUUUGAAGGAGAGCGAAAGGACGCAGAUCACGCUGCUGGUCACCUGGCUCGCCGAGCUCUACCUGAACCGACUGGGCCAGCUGGAGGACGACGGCAGCAGCGUACUCUUCCGGGAAACACGUGAGGAGUUCCGGCACUUCCUGAACACCUCCAAGCACAGGGACUGCCUGUUCAACAACCGCAGCAUCAUAUACGACCUUCUUGCCAGCCACGGCAACGUAGAUGACAUGGUCUACUUCUCCGUGGUCAUGCAGGACUACGAGAGAGUGGUAUCGCACUACUGCCAGCACGACGACUAUCACGCAGCCCUGGACCUUCUCUCCAAGCACUGCGACCAGAAGCUCUUCUACAAGUUCUCACCGGUGCUCAUGCAGCACAUUCCAGAAAGAGUGGUGGAUGCUUGGAUUCAGAUGGGCAAGCGUCUAGACCCCAAGAAGCUCAUCCCGGCGCUGAUGAACUACAGCCAGAUGGGCAGCAGCAGUCAGCAGACCAACGAAACUCUCCGCUACAUGGAGUUCUGCGUGCACGAGCUGAAGGUGACCGAGGAGGCCAUCCAUAACUACCUGCUCUCCCUCUACGCCAAGUACAAGCCUGACUCGCUGCUGCGGUACCUGGAGCAGGCGGGGACACACGCUUCGGAGAUCCACUACGACCUGAAGUACGCUCUCAGGCUUUGUGCUGAGCAUGGCUAUCUGCGCGCGUGUGUUUUGGUCUACAGAAUCAUGGAACUGUACGAGGAAGCGGUGGACCUUGCCUUGCAAGUGGACGUGGACUUGGCCAAGACAUGUGCAGACCUACCCGAGGAUGACGAGGAGCUGAGAAAGAAGCUCUGGCUGAAGAUAGCCCGCCAUGUGGUGCAGGAGGAGAAGGACGUGAAGAAAGCCAUGAACUGUUUGUCCAGCUGCAACCUUCUCAAGAUCGAAGACAUCCUGCCCUUCUUUCCCGACUUUGUCACCAUUGACCACUUCAAGGAGGCUAUCUGCAGCUCCCUGGAGGAGUACAACAAGCACAUUGAAGAGCUGAAGCAGGAAAUGGAGGAGGCAACCGAGAGCGCUAAACGCAUCAGAGAAGACAUCCAGGAAAUGAGGAACAAGUACGGCGUGGUGGAUUCCCAAGAUAAGUGUUCCACGUGCGACUUUCCACUGCUCAACAGGCCCUUCUAUUUGUUCCUGUGUGGUCACAUGUUCCAUUAUGACUGCCUCAUGCAGGAAGUGACCCCGCACCUGUCCGCCUACAAGCAGAGUCGCCUGGAGGAGCUGCAGAUACAGCUCUCCGCCUCCACGCAGUCGUCUAAGUCCCGAAACCGCCCAGCGCUCAAGGAGGACGGCGACGCCUGCAGCCUGGGAAAGGGCAGCACGAGCCGCGAACAGAUGAAGUCCGACAUGGACGACAUCAUUGCGUCAGAGUGUGCGUACUGCGGCGAGCUGAUGAUCAAGUCCAUCGACAAGCCGUUCAUUGACCCGCAGAAAUUCGAGGAGGAGAAAUCCAGCUGGCUGUGAAUGAAUUGGACUUCUGCUUUUUUAACAUCCAACAUACCAAAAGAGACAAGUUGAAUGACGUGGAUGUUGACAUGAACCUGCUUGUUGACUGUUGAGUGCCUGACCAUGACCACUACUGACCACCGCCUUAGCUUUUUGCAGCUGAAAUCAUGUUUGUUUCCAGUAUUGAAGCCUCUUUUGUUUCAGUGUAUUUGCACUUCUUCAUUGCAACAUCUGAAAAACCCAUGAGCUCUUAUUGUGUGCAACAAUACAAGAGUAUGAAAUGUAAUGCUCAAAAAGUUACAGACCAUCUCAAAAGUUUGAAAACACAUCAAUGUGUGAGUCAUUACAGUAAGCGUUACGAUGCAACAUAAACUUUGUCAUCCUUUACUAAUGCUCAAAAACUGCACUUAAAAAUAUCCUUGGUCAAACAUCCCCUGCUCUGUGUGUCUAACAAACCAUGCAAGAUGAAUAAACUACAGUAAC